AUGCCUACUCAUUCCUCUGAAACUGCAGUCGCGCCGGUUUUCGAAAAUGUUGAGGCAUUUCCAAUUGCGGAAAUAGAUGAAAGUAUGCCCGAUAACAAUAUGGAAACAUCAACGAGUUCGACCGAAAACGAGCCGGAAGCUGAAGCGAAAGAAGUUUCUGAUUCUAGUCAUUUGAAUUCAACGCCUGAUAAAAUGGUGAGCCGAGAAAAUUUGAAUACAACUCAAGAUGUUAUAAAGUAUAUUGACCCAUAUGGUGUACUCAAUGAAGAUGAGGAUAUUGAUGAGAAUGAUGCACCCAAUAGAUCGGCAAGCGGAAGAGAAAACUUUUCGGUUUUAAUGGACGAUUCUCUAAAUGUCAGCGAUAACGAAAUGAAUGGAGAUAGUGUGAGAUUACAUGACUCGUUCGAAUCAAAUUCAACAGUAUUGGAAGUCGAACGACGACAUUCGGUCUUGGUUCUUCAACCCCGAGAAAUUAUUCCUCCAGAAAAGCCACCAAUCGCUGGACUGCGUCGCUCGAAACGUAAUCGAGUCAUGCCUUUGAGAUCGUGGCUCGGCGAAAAAGCAGUGUACGAACAUUCGCCAUCAGGUUCUCGCUUGCGUGGUGUUACUGAAGUGGAAAUAAAGGAUCCGAAAAUGGUAGAAUAUCAAACUGCCGAUACUCGACUUAUCGUUGAACUUCGAUACGAAAAACUUCGCAACAACAAAAACAUGGAGGAGGAGAAAUGA